GGAUAAAAAGAAUAGCCGUUAUAAAAUAAUCCUAAAAUCCUUAACGGUAACCUUUUUCAAAACCAAAAACCCCAUCUUUAUUAGAUAAAAACCCUAAUUCAGUCGUUUAUCUCACUCCAAAUUCAAAAAUUUGGGUCUGUUUGUCUUUGAAGAAAUCCAAGAAAGAUAAGUAUAAUAAUGAGCGUUGACAAAGAAGAAGAAGAAGCGAUUAGCUCAGAGACGAUGAUACCGGUUUUUACAGUGAUCAAGAAUGGCGUAAUUCUCAAGAACAUCUUUGUCGUCAACAACAGCAACUCUCAAGAAUCUGAAGAAAUCUUGAUUGUUGGCAGACACCCAGAUUGCAAUAUCGUGUUAUUGCACCCGAGCAUCAGCAGAUUUCACCUUCAAAUCGACUCGAAUCUCUCUUUGCACAAGCUUUUUGUCACUGAUUUAUCUUCUGUCCACGGAACAUGGGUUUCAGAGAAGAAGCUUGAUCCAGGGAUUCGUGUGGAGCUCAACGAGGGGGAUACGUUAAGGGUUGGUAGUUCAACCAGGGUAUAUAGGAUGCAUUGGGUUCCUUUGAGCCGUGCAUAUGACACUGAAAACCCAUUUGUAUCACCCUCAGAUUUGGAAAUGAUUAAAGAAGAGGAAAAUGCAGCGCUGGAAGAGGAAAAUGCAGAAAAAUUGUCUCAGGAUGAAGAUCUGUUUGCUGCUGAAGGUAAACAUGUUGAAGAGGAAGAUACAUUGGCAAUUCUAGGAAAAGCGGACGACAUAUAUCAGGACGAAGAUUCUUUGUGCACAAAAGAUGGAGAAUUUGAAUCUGUGGAUUCGAUUUUGGAAGGAAUUGCGUCGCUAUUUCCUGAUAAUAAUCGUGGGUUAAUUAAAGAGAUCCCAUCAGUGCCUGAAAUCAUGGAUUUGUCUAUUGAUGUUGGUAAACCAGAAAUAACAUGCUCAUCUAGAAAUGAUCAUGAAUUGAGCCUUAAAAAUGUUGGCGGAGUAAUAUUGCAGACAUUGAGUCAGCUUUUCUACGAAUGCAAACAAAGUUCAGAUUAUCAUUCUGCUACAGAAGCGGCGCUGGAGGAAGAAAAGAUGAAGAUGGUCAUUUCUUCCAUGGCAAGAAUAAAGCUAGAGUCUGAUAUUGAAGUAUGCAAUCAGAGUUCAGAUUCUCAUUCUGCUACAGAAUCAGUACUGGAGGAAGGAAAAACAGACAUUUCCACUGAAAGAAUAGAGCGGCAAUCCAAUAUUGAAGCUGGCAACCGGAGUUCAGAUUGUCAUUCUGCAACAGAAGCAAUAAUGGAGGAUGAAAAGACGGAUAUUUCUUGUGUUGACGUGACUUCAUCAUCUAGUCCAGAAAUGGAUGCCAUUUUAGCCUAUGAAAUACUAGAAGUUGAAAAAAAUCACUCGGAGGUGGAUUCUCUAGAAUAUAUCAACUGUUCCUUGCCAGAAAUAGAUGUUUUAGAUACCAACCAUGAACAAGAAGACAAAGAAAGACAGGUUCUUGAACCUCCUGCAUCUGUCUCCCCACUAUAUGAAGAAGGAAACCAAAUGAUCUCUACAGAAAAUCAAACAUCGAACAUGCUUGUUAGCUCACAAAGUGUAUGUGCCGAGGAUACUACAGCUGCCGAAAUACUUGUAGACGAGGAAAAGCAGAAAACUUUCAUAAAAGAGUAUCGACAAAGUGAGUUUAAAGGUGUCUGCUCAACGGGAUAUCUGAAAUUGUCCUUACUUCCUGGUGAAGUUUCAUCUGCGAUUAUGGAUAGUAAGGAAAGACAGACACCACAAAAUAUAAGGAGAUCCUGUAUCAGAUCGGGAAAAAAGUCCAGCUCCGACAGUAGGUCAAGAAGAGGUAAACAUGGCAAGGAAAGCCGGACACCACAAUCUACAUUCCCUGCAAUUGAGGACUUAUCGUUACCUCUUGGCAAUGUUUUCUUUGAUAUUAUGGAUACCAAGGUAAGCCAGACACCGCAAAACAUAAGGAGCUCUCCUGAUAGAUCAGAGAAAAAAUCCAGCUCCAACAUUUGGUCACGAAGAGGUAAACCUGCUACUCCUCUUCAGCUUCAAACAAGUAAGAGCAGGAGAAAGAACAAGAAUGUUGAUAUUAAUGCUGAUGUUGAAUGGGAGAAUCAGGAGAAUCUUGAUAGCAAAUCAAUUACAAAGUUCCCUGGUUCAGAAGCAAUGAAUGAAGAAAUAUUUACUCCAGACAAGGAGAAUCGUCCUCCGAGUUCUUUUUCACGGAAUUCCUUUAAAAAGGGUCUGCUAGAGGAUAUUCAAUCACCCAAAUCAAUUACAAAGGUGCUUUUCCCUGGUUCAGAAGCAAUGGAUGAAGAAAUAUUCACUCCGGACAAGGAGAACCGCCCUCCAAAUUCUCGUUUACAUAAAUCCAUUAAAAAGACGGGUCUGCUUGAGGAUAUUCAACCACCCACGUUUUGCAAAUCCUCGCCCAAUAUUACCUUUUUCCCCAGCAGUAUUGGGAAAGAUGAAGACAUGAUUACCUCUCCAGACAAAGAGAACCGGACACCUAAAGUUCUCAAACAGAGGAACUCAGCCAGGCCCUCUAGUCAUCUAAUGAAGAUGGAUAAAGACUUGGUGCUAAAGGAAAGAAGCUCGGAGAAGGUCCCAUUACUGUCAUUAUUUAGCAAUUCACCUAGGUUGAGUCUCUCUGAAGCCUCAGUUCCUGACACUUGUUGCAGAAGCUUCAAUUCCAUCAAUUGUAUGGAAAAGAAGGUUACAAAUUCCACUUCUAUCAAAUAUGUUGGAGAUGGAAGGAGAAGAUGGACCAUGAUAGCAGACACAACAUCCCUUUUAGAUAAAGAGUCGAGGAAGUUUUUGCAGCUUUUAGAAGGUCUCAAGGGGACUCAUCUAGUUAUCCCAAGAAUGGUCAUCAGAGAACUGGAUUCUUUGAAGCAACGCGGUAGCCUGUUUAGGCGAACAACAGAAGCAGAAUUGGCAUUGAAAUGGAUAGAAGACUGCAUGAUGAAAGAGAAGUGGUGGAUCCAUGUCCAGAGCUCAACGGAGGAUAUAAGGGCAAUUGCACCAACUCCGCCUGCUUCUCCUGUGCUGCGAUUCAGCGAUGGAAGUUGGGGAUUCCCAUUCGGAAAUUUGCAUGAAAUUGUAUCGCCGACUGCAGAAGAUUGUAUUCUUGAGAAUGCUGUUUCCUAUAGGAAAAGGAUCAACGAAGGACAACUCGUCCUUCUCAGCAACGAUGUAACUCUGAAGAUCAAAGCCAUGGCUGAGGGUUUGAUCUGUGAGACGGCUGAGGAAUUCAGAGAGAGUCUGGUGAACCCUUUUUCAGAGAGAUUUAUGUGGGCAGACAGCUCACCUAGAGGGCAAACUUGGACAGUUUUUGAUGAUCUGGUGUUGAAGGAAAGGUAUUACAGAAGGAGCCCUUCAAAGAAACUAUCAAAGGGGGGUCUGAAGCUGAUUCUGCUCCACAAUUCUCAGUAUGGACAGCAAUGUAGAUAGAUCUUUCUAUUUCCAAAGCAAAUGCUUCUUUAGUAUAUUCCUCGUAAACAUUUUGCGCUUGUUUACUCGUACGAGGAAGUAAGUUGAGGGAGCUGUCUUUAGGUGUUCAACAUGUUUAUAUAAGAUAAUCUUCAAUCUCAUUCUUUCAAUGAAAAAUUUAAAAAAAGUUUA